AUGGGCCACCCCACUGCUGCUGCCACUCUGCUCUGCCAGCUUGGGCUCUCCGCGGCCAUCCAGUGGCUCGGGCUGACAGAGAGCAGGGUGGCCUGGAACGAAAGCCACCACUGCCGGCUGCUCGCCGGGGUGGUGCCGGACCAGUUCCAGAUGUGCCGGAGGAACUUAGAGGUCAUGCACAGCAUCGUCCGGGCCGCCCACCACACCAAGAGCGUCUGCCAGAAGACCUUUGCAGACAUGAGGUGGAACUGCUCCUCCAUCCAGCACGCCCCUAGCUUCGGCCCUGACCUCCUCAAAGGAACCCGGGAGUCUGCCUUUGUCUACGCCCUGGCCGCCGCCGCUGCCGCGCACACCAUCGCCCAAGCCUGCGCCUCGGGAGAGCUCCCCCUCUGCUCCUGCGGCUCCAGCCCCUCGGAGGUCCCCAGCCCGGACUUCAGAUGGGGUGGCUGCGGGGACAACCUGGCCUACGGCCUCCAGCUGGGUGCUGCUUUUGCUGACAGUCCCUUAAAAUCCAGCAAGCUGGGGACAGGAGCGCUGAAAGCCAUGAAUCUGCAUAACAAUGUGGUGGGCAGGCAGGUGGUAAGUGACUCCCUGGAUACCAAGUGCAAAUGCCAUGGUGUUUCAGGCUCCUGUUCAGUGAAGACCUGUUGGAAGGGACUGCCCAAGCUGGAUGAAAUUGCCUCUGACCUCAAAUCUAAGUACCUGGCAGCCAUCAAGGUGACCCACAGGCUCAUAGGGCCCAGGAAGCAGCUGAUAGCCAAAGAAAUGGGUGUCAGGCCAGUGCAAGAGACAGACCUGGUCUAUCUCAUCAACUCUCCUGACUACUGCACCCCAAAUCUACACCUGGGCUCUCUGGGGACCCAGGACAGGCAGUGCAACAAGACCUCCACGGGCAGCGAGAGUUGCAACUUGAUGUGCUGCGGCCGUGGCUACAACACCUACACUGAGGAGGUGGUGGAGAGAUGUCACUGCAAGUACCACUGGUGCUGCUACGUGGUGUGCAAGAGGUGCUGGCGGAAGGUGGAGAGAUAUGUCUGCAAAUAACACCGGGGCAGGCAGCAGGAGAGCCCCAGGGCACAGCUGGAGACCACACGCCAGCCCCGAGGGAUGUUCUGAGCUACAGCAAGGAGGGCACUGUGCAGGAGGCCUGGACCCCUGCAUUAGCAUGGAAGACCCCAAACUGAGAGAUGCUGGGAAGCUGAAGACUGGAGGCAAACCUCUGCUCCAUCUCUCCAGAGCAAGACAAAGGGCUGCCCUCCUGCAGCUGAUGGGGAGCGUCCAUCCCUCUGUCUCCAGCUGGGGACGAGCCAUUUAUCACUCCGCCUGCGCCGGCCCUUUUCUCCGGGGCUGAAUGGGGACCCUGGGCUGCCAUUGUCUCCUUGCAGGAGGUUUCUGACAGUGGCCUGAAAGCCAGGAGUGAUGGAUGGGAAGUGGGGUAGGAGAAGGAUGCAGGAGAAGAAAGCUGCUUUGGGUGAGGAGGUCAUGGGCAGCU